ACUCCGAACGGCUGGAACCGUGUCCAUGGCAACGCGGUCAGAAGUUCCAAACAGUCAGUGCUCCGUGACGUUACAUAACGUUAGUUUCUCCAUCUGCUCCUAAAAUGUAUUCACAAAAUGUCUCAGUUCUCAUGAGUAACGAUCUUCCAUCGACAACAUCUGGGUACCAAGGAAUAGAUGGCCAGAUCUCCCAGAUCCCAGGACUGUCCCCGACCAUCAGCACUCUUCCUGAAGAGAGGGCCCGAGGGCGGAGGGCCGGAGUCCUAGAGAGUGAUUCUGACUAUGUCAAGCUUGCAAAACAAGGAGGGCAUAAGGGACUUUUGUGGCAUGAGGAAACAAGAAAUUCUAAACCUGAUGAAUACCAAACUCCAGGCAGGUUCUGCAUUGGAUCAGGAGAUGACGAAAAACCAAGUCUAAUUAACAGUGAAGAGAAGAAAAACCCUGGAGCUUUUCAACAGCGAGAGCCCCCCUUUGGGACGGACAAUAUGUCAGCCUGGGAGAGGGAUGAUAGCAGCAGCAAUGCCAAAGAGAAGAACAACAAUGUUCAUUACAGCCAGACGGAGAAAUUGCAGCCAUCCGAUCAAUAUUAUGAGACCAGCAAAUUCAAGAGGAUAGUAUAUGACAAGAAUCCAGCCCCUGUCGACAUGUCUAAGCUGUUGAGCUUUGGUUAUGCAGAUGAGAACAAACCAAUAGACAACACUGAUUUGUCAAAUUAGAAGACUGGCCAGUGCCGUGGGAAAAGGAUGUACAAACUCAAAUGCUUCCAACAGCAAUCCUUGCCAUCCAUUCCUCCCCUUAUUCAUUUCUUUAUUACCCCUUCAUAUACUGAGCCACAUCAAAUGUUUUUACUUAGUUUCAAAUGUGAGAUGUAUUACACAAGUGUGAAAGUGCUUAAUUGAAUUCAAGCUAGGAUCUUUUAUUUAUUGUGCCUGUUAGCGGUGCCUCAUUAACUGUAUUCCUUCUUUUUUCUGUUUGUAAAAGGCAGCUUUAAGGAAUAAAAUUUGAUUGUUCA